GAAAGGACGCCCAGACACGGAAAAUAAACAGCAUGUGUAAAGGUAUGGACUUCUCCCGAGUCGGCUCUCUGCCCCUCCGGUGGCAGUGUAAUGGUACGCUACGUGUCCAGACCUCGCUUCGCACAGGUAGGCACCUGACACUGCAACAACACGGUACAGAAAGUGGCCCCAACUUUAACCUCAGGCGUGACGUCAAAUCCUUAGGAUGACGGGAGCGGGGUGGGGUGGGGUGGGGUGGGAUGGCAAGUUCCGAAGCCUCCAGCCGAAACCGCGGGCCCGGUGCUCGCCAGGCAGGCCUGGGAGUCCAGGGCGCCCCGACGCUGAUUGGUUUUCUGUUUUUUGUUUGUUUGUUUUCAGGGGCGCCUCUUCUCGGUGGCGGAGGGGCAGGUGGGAGGCGAGAGCGCGUCUCCUUGGCAGGGUGCGGCCGGGUGCCCCCGGCGUGGGGACCGAGGUGUGUCGCGGGACAGCGACCAGGGGGCGACUGUGCGGGCUACUACCCGGCGCCCACCGCGCCCUCCCCGCGGGGCUACUUUGUUCCUCGGGUGUCGCGAGCAAGUCGGGUCGGCCGGGUGGGGCUCUGCGCCGGCCGCACCCUUCCCGCCCCUCCGCUGACCCGGAGGCCCCCGCCGCGCCGGCAGGAGGCUGGGGCGGGUCUGCGCUCCAGGCCGCCUGCCUCGGUCCGCGUCUCCGCGCCUCCGGCCGCUCGUCUCGGUGGGGCCAGGGAUGCGCCCGGACGCUGCCCCGUUGGGGACGUCCAGCCGGGCGCAGGCGUGCUCACAGCCGCAGGAGGGUUGGAGCCUGGAGUUUGACGGGGCCGGGUUGUUGGGGGUUUUACACGUCCCACACCCCGCACACCCAGGACGCUUGGCUCGGCGCCCGGGGCCGGGAGGAAGACGACCCUCAGUUUAGCCUCGAGGAACGCACCGUUGGGGGCGGGGGCGGGGGAGAGAGGGCAGCCUGGAGUUGCACGGAGCGCGCGCCCGGCUCUAAGAAGGCGGUGGUGGCGGCGCGCCGAGCGCGGCAUGGGGGACGAGCUGGAGCCGGCGGGAGGGGCAGUGAGGCGACGCAGGGGCGGGCACGCGUGGCGGGGUGCAGUAAUGGGGACCUGGUGCGCGCAGUGCCCCGAGGGCUGUCGCGUGGAGGAACAGCAGGCACCGCUCGAAUUUUGGAAAUCAAGGUGAACCUGGGAAUUCAGGGACGCGCAGGUGCUGUGCCGUCUCCCACCCUGCUCUGCCUGCUCAAGUAUUCCAGAGCUCUGCUGGGGACAUAAUGGUCACAAUCCUUAAUGCUUACGGCGACGCUGCGAGGGAGGGACUACUUAUCUCCGUGUUACGAACUAGGAGUCCGAAACUCCGUCCAAGGUGUGAUCCAAGGUCACACAGCAAGUAAUUAGCGGAGGGAGGAUUUGAACCUGGCCCUCUGCAACUCCCCGCCUGCGUCCAUUAACCUUCCUGGGACCCUGUGGGGCUCACCUCCGUCGGUGAGCAGCUCGCGAGGCCCGGCUCCGCAGUGACCUUCACCAUGACGGCGUGGGGGGCUUGGCUCGGGUUUUGCUUCAGGGAAAUGGAGCUGGCGCUCCCACCUCCCCGCGGGGGGAGAGGAGUAGGGCGGGCAAAUCAUUUUACAGAACAGUGUUUCCCUAACUGCAGGCACAACCACUAGUGGGUCACAAAAUCUAUCUUUUAAAGAAAGACCAACAUUAAAAAAUAACGGCUUCCUUGCACAAGGCAAGGGUAGGUUUUGUGUGGGAAACACUUCUUCAGACGUGUGUCCUGAGUUGUAAUCUGAAUUGUGUUCUGGCCAUGCUCUGAGGGUGGCAUAGAACAGGCCCUGGGGCUGAGGCCGGGAGGCUGGCCCCUCCAUUCUGUCCUCAGGGCCCAGCGCUGCCCAACUUGGAAGCUGAUGAAACCUGGCCUGGAGGCUGGUGUGAAUGCACCUGGCCCCUGGGGGGGGGGGAAGAGGCCUCCUUGCUCCUACAUCCCUGUCAUCUAGAGGAGGCCUGUGCCCUGGGGGUGGAAUGCAGUGACUGGACUGGACUUCCUGGUCCUCCAAGCUGGCCUCUGGCAGCAGAAGUCCCACGUGAACAUUUAUUGGUUUGAGCUUCAGUUGUUGGUUUCUUGGUUCCACCACACCCCAACUCCACGCAUUCAUUCAUCCACCCAUUCAUUUAGCUUAUUUGUGGGCCUUUGUUGGAGCUAUCUUCCCCUUGUCCACCCACCGACCCCAGACAGCCUUCAAAAAUGUCAGAGGUGCCUGCCCUGGGAAGCAUUCCCUGACACUGAUGCUGAAAACUUGUGCACCAGUGCCGAAUGGAAUCUCGGAGACAGAGUUUUGAGUGAAGUAGAAAAGAACAGCUUUAUUGCUUUGCCAGGCAAAGGGGGACACAGCAGGCUCGUGCCUUGAAAACUGUGUGUCCCAAUCCGGGAGGAUUUGGUGAGGAGUUUUAUAGCAGUGGUUCAAGGGUGGGGUUGCUGAUAAGAUUAGGGUGUGUGCAGGGCCUGCACUCCUUUAACCUGGUCUCAGGUAAUCUCCUGGUUCCUUUAAUCUGGCCUCAGGGUGUCUUCUCUGGAAUGAAGAAUGCUAACAUCUUCCAUUUGUUAGGGCUUUUAGUUCUGUAAAGAACUCAAAGAUAUUGUUAUGUGUAUCCCUUGAGGCAGAACCAGGACCUGCCCCAAGGCUGCACUAUUGUUUCUUGGCCACUCCUCCCUUGUCUCUGCGUCCCCUCCCCUCUCUGAUUAGCAGCUGUUCGAAUCUGCCCUUUGGAACUCAGGGAAGGUCAUGGAGGCUGGAGUCUGUUCCCUACAAACAAGAAAUGGGGGACAGAAAGGCUUCUGUGCCCAGGAGCCCCACAGGGUCCUGCUCAGUUUCAACACCUGCAUGCUGUGGCUCCCUCCCCUUAGCUCCCGUAGAAUCUGGUACCAAGGGCUCUUCAUUGUGGUUCUUUUCCCAUAGAACUGCUUGUUUAUCCUCCACCAAACUUACCUGGCAACAAUUGGACUUCCCUAAUCUGCCCAACCUAUUUCCCACCCCAAGUCUCCAGGCUGCCUCCAGAGCUAUUGCAAAGGCUGGGCUGUCACCUGGUCCCCUUCCUUCCCUCCCUCCCCAUCAUCCUCUCUGAGUUUUCCUUUUCCUAUAGAGCCAGAGCACCUGCUUAGAAAUGGCAACAGCCUUCCUUGGCAGGCAGCUCUGCCCAGCUCUCUUAGGCUGCGGGUUUGGCUAGGUCGGAGUGCUGGGCCCCGAGGAAGGGGCUGCUGGGACUGGCUCUGACACUCUGCCCACGGCGCCAGGGCUUAACAGCUGUCCUGCCAGGCCUGAAGGGUAUCCGGGCUCUCCUGUGGAUGCUGGGCUGCCUGCUGGGCCCGCCUUUGUCUUGUCCUUCUGCAAUCUGGACUCAGGCCCCAACUCACAGUGUGAAGCUGCCCUUAUGGGUCUGGCCAGAUGCCGGGUACUGGGGAGAGGCCUGCCCUGCCCUUGCGAUGCCCAUAUACCCAGGGUGGAGGCAGCUACAGCUGUGCAGAGACAAGCCCUGUGCCAAGGGCUACAAUGGGAGCCCCAGGCAGGAGGCCCCAUUGCACCUGGUGAGCAGAAAGACUUCCCAGGAGAGCCAGCCCCAGGCUCACUAGCCUCCCUCCAGCUCGGUGUUAUCUCAGGAACAAGGAAUGCUGGCAGCCACGGGAGCUCACAGCAGCCUUCAGAUGCCACAACUUUCUCAUCCUGUGCUCCCCAGACUGUCUCCAGGCUUUUCUGAGUUUAUAUAAUGUUUGCCUCACUUAUUUUUUGCGCAUUUCCAGCCAAAUAAACAAAAGCUCCAGAACAUUUCAUCAGCAAGGCUGAACCGCUUGAUUGAGGUCCUUGAUCAGAUUUCUUGAACUCUGCAGUAGGCUUGUAGGGUUCGAGUUACGGUCUAGUCCAAGGUGGCUGGUGUCCAUCAUCAUCUUCGGCACUUCUAGUUCAAUGCUUUCAUCCGCUGCUAACUUGUACUGCAGGUUAUUUGAUCCCUCUUCCUCUCCUCGGCUUUACUCUACCGUUUCCUGGUUAGAACAAUGGCUUGCUGAAAGAAACAUCUGCUUGCCACCCCUGAAACCUGGAUGGUGACUUUCAGGGAGGCUGCAUAAUGGUCCAGUCAGACCUGGGUUCCCAUUCUGACUCUACCACUUACUGAUUGUAACCUUGGGCAAAUUCCUGAAUUGCUCCAUGCCCUAGUUUUCAGGUACAAAAUGGGCCUCAACAGUAUUUCCCUUGGGACUUCCCUGGUGGUGCAGUGGUUAAGAAUCCGCCUGCCAAUGCAGGGGACACGGGUUCAAGCCCUGGUCCGGGAAGAUCCCACGUGCCGUGGAGCAACUAAGCCCGUGCGCCACAGCUACUGAGCCUGUGCUCUAGAGCCCGUGAGCCACAACUA